AUGUCUGAGCAGUUCAAGGUUAACAAGUCCGAGGCGGAGUGGCAGGCCCAGCUGUCGCCCGAGCAGUUCCGUAUCCUUCGCAAGCAGGGCACCGAGCGCCCCGGCUCGCACGAGUUUGACAAGAAGGAGGACUCGGGCGUGUACACCUGUGCUGGGUGCGACGCGCCACUUUACACCUCGAACCAGAAGUUCGCAUCCGGCUGCGGUUGGCCCGCGUUCUUCGACACCAUCCCCGGCGCCGUCAUCCGCCGCGAGGACAACUCCAACUUCAUGACCCGUACCGAGAUUGUCUGCGCGAACUGCGGCGGCCACCUCGGCCACGUCUUCAAGGGCGAGGGCUACGCAACGCCCACGGACGAGCGCCACUGCGUCAACGGCAUCUCGCUCAACUUCAAGAACGAGUAA